ACGAAAAAGAAAGCUCGCUCGGCCCGCCGCGCCACCGCGCGCUCGAUCCCCUGCAUCAAUCUCAGCAUCACCCAGCCAGCUGCUGGUGGGCUACUCGUGCGACCUCGACUUCGCGUCCGCCACACGAGACGUUGCAGUGACCGCUGGAGCGCGCUGCAUCCCCAGCUCGCCACAACAUAAGCCCUUUUCGGAGCCAACGUCGCUGCUGGACCCCCUCGCUGCUGUGCAUUGCUGCUGCUUGCUCCACGCUGCUCCUUUUCGGCCUCCGCCGUUGGUCCAUUCAGGCCUGUCCCUCGAGCGCGGCGCGGGGUUAUGACAUUGUCCUUUGAGCAGCUCGAAACCAGCUAGUCACGAUACCCGGCACAGGCUCUGUGCAGCUGAACCUAUUCUGCAAUGGCGUCGACUUCAGCUUCGGUCCUCGACGCCCUGAACGUACCAGGGUACAGCAUCUACCAUGCCGAGCCACACCGCUUCUCCCUUCUCGACGUCAGGAUCUCGGCAACUACCACGGCCACGGAGGCGCAGAGAUCGGCUGGGGACCCGUCUUCAUCGUCGUCGAACGUGUGCAGCGGCCCAACUGCUUCUUCCACUGCUAUCGCUCCGUCCUCCUCCUCUUUCUCUUCGAUACAACAACAGCAACAACAACAACAACAACAACAACAACCACAGCCGAGAGUAUGUCCGCCGGCAUGGAAGGACCCCAGCCAGGGCAGCCGCGGCCUAGGUCGCCUCCGUCCGCGAUCGGCAGAGAUCGGUGCAAGGGCAAAGGAGGCUCUGCUCGAGCUUGGAAGAGCAGCCAAGGACAAGAAGACGACCUCGCAGGUGUUCAAGGCGGUCGAUGCCCCGCUUGAGCACAGCCAGGAGGAGCCUCGGCUGGCUCCACCGCCGGUGUCUUCGAGCGAGAUGGCUCCCACCCUCGCAUCGGUGCGCCACGUCUUUUCGCUCAAACCGCCCGCGAUAAAGGCGAGUACCAGCAACCUGUCCAUUACAGCCAAGAAGGAGGAGAGGCGAGGCGAGGAGCAGCAGCGAUGGACCAAGGUUUCGCGAAUCAUGCCUGUGUUUGUGUGCGACGAAGAGCCAAGGCUGGGGAGCGCCCCUUCGGCUUCGAGCAGCUUCGGUGCUGCGCAAAGGGCGGGCACCUUCAGUGCAGACCUCGGCCCACCGGGCCACGCCGCUUCAGAUGACCUCACUGACAGCGAUCAAGACGAGGCCACAGUCGAUGUGGAUGCUGGUGAGGUGGGCGCACGUGUGGCCCUCGACCCCUCGCGUCUGCUGCUACAGGUCGAGCCUCCAUCUGCUCUGCAAUCGAGCGGGGUUGAUGUCGAGCAUCAGAUCAAGGUUCAUGCCCGGCUGAGCAUCGCGAACGAGGCCCUGGAGACAUUGACAGACGGCUCACCCCAGGCACGCCGCCGCCGUCUUUCGAGCUCCCACGCGCCUGCUGGUCCUCGCGAGCUUCGGGCCUCUUUGACGCCAUCCAACUCCGCCCCUCAACCCAGCUCGAGAGUCGUCUUUGUUUCUGCGCCCUCGUCUCGCAAGCUUCUAGAUGCGCUCAACGCAACGACGUGCAAGGGCCAACGGGGAGGCUACGUCGGUCCUCUCGCCUCGCCCCAGGCUGCCAAGCUCGAAGGGAUCGGCUUCGCCACCAUCGUAGAGGCGUACGACCGAGGAGGGGAGGGGCACCUCGAAUGGAUCUGGUCUGACCUGAGCAGGGAGGCGUCAGCGAACGGAGUGCAGAAAUGCGCCUGCGCCUUUGUCGAGCUAGACGAGCAGGUCAAGCAGCCAAAGAUUCUGGCUUCGUUUGCCUUUGUCGUCAGCAUGCCCGCCGUUGCGCGAAAGUCGUCCAAUGUCCGAUCGCCCAGGAUAAAGACCCGCUCAGAGCUUGUCGCUACAAGCCGUGGUCUCGGUCUCGAGGUGGAAGGUGCCAGCGAGGCGGAAAUACGUUCAGAUGGCUCCCGACGUGAUCAGGUCACAAUUGUUGUCACCGACAAUCCAAGCAGAGCGACCCCUGGCCGAUCGAGCUCCUACAAUGGUUACCCACAGUCGCCGAGAGCGGGCACCGCUCGUCCGGUCCAUGUCAAUGUCAACCACGUCGAAAUCUCGCUCGAGGAUGCGACUGAGGACUCGCCUGUACUGCGAGCCGCUGUUCAGAACCUCGACCGAAGAACAGCUUCGCUCAAGAAAGCCGGCAAAGCCAUCUUGAAAACCGCCACAGAUGUUCGCAGUCACAUGCUCGCCCUUCAGGCUGCCGAAGCUGCCUUGGACCACCACAUGGACGACCUAGCGGGCCUCAUGCCCGAUACUGUUGGCAUGCUCUCUCGAGAGGUGCACAAAGAGGCGCGAAGACGAAACAUGCGCUUCCGUCAGCAGGAGCUUGACGUCAUGGAUCGCUACGUCGUCGCGCCCAUUCAGGUCCUCGUCGAAAUGUGCAGGGCGGCUCAGGACCACAGCAAAGCAUUCGAGGCCGAGAGCAAAGCCUACUACUCGGCCACGCAAAAGUGGCUAUCCAGCAGGGCAUCGACUGCCGGAAGUAUUGCCGCGGUCGAGAGCGGUGAGCAACUCGACAAGGCGUCGCAGAAGCAGGAACGGAUGGACGAGAAGCAAAAGAUACGGCAAGCUCGCUUCGACCUCGCCCGGCUCGACGUCUUCCGAUCGGCCAAUGCGCUCCAUGGCGGCGAGGCUGAGCUCGAGCUUGCUCAGCAGAUGCUCUUGCUCUGUCGAUGGCAUGCCAACUUCCCCGGCUCGAACUGGGGACAGAAGUGGCCCACGGAGGAAGCUCAGUCGAUGCUCAAAGGCUUUGAGGUUGGCACCAGACUCGAAGAGGCAAAGGUCAAGGAGCGCGUUGAGCGCAUCAGAGAGCACGAGGAGUCCCUCGAGGCGAGGUUGUGGUCUUCGCAGGACGGUAGAGGCGACGCCGAAAUGAGUGCUGCAGCAGGGUCGUGGGACCUCGUAAGCCCUCGCUCAGCAGACGGAGAGCCCGCUCGUCAGCCUGGUCAUCGCAUAAAGACAAUCCUGAGCUCCAUUGGCAGGGGCACGUCCACAGUUGCGGCUUCCAAUACCAGCCCCGGGCCAGCAUCCACCCUGGUCGCUUCGGUGACCAACGACAGCAUCGACACCGCGGAGGAGGCAAGCGCAGUAGACUCGCCUACCAAGGGUGGAGCUGGGCAGAGGGUGCGCAGAAAGAUAUCUCUCAAGAUGCAGCCUCUAUCCAACCCUUCGGUAGCCAUGUCGAGCCCUGUCUUCAAUAAGAUCCAGCAACGAUUCAGGCCAGGUCAUCAGGGUACGAUGGGAGAGGCUAGCCAAGCUUCUCCUGAAGACCCGAGGAUUGCUCCUCUGCUCAGGAUGGAGAAUGGGAACAAUGACGCAAAGAGACCACGGGUCAGCUCGAUGGUUCCCUCAACCAGCAGUCCGCCCCUUCAGCAGCCCAGCGAACCUGAGUCCGGUCAGCGACCAGCCGUGUCGAGGCGUAGCCUGUCCUUCUCCGCCAGUGGAUCGUCGAGUCCCAAGCUGAUGAAUGGUUCCUACUUUGACCUGCUCGCCAACAUGAUCUCUACAUCGCCUCCCAACGCAGCAACAACAGCGACGACGAACCGGCACUCUUCUGGCCCAAUGUCACGAUCGUCGAGCGACAGUCAGCACCUACAGCCAUUGGCUCUUAAUCCUGCGAUGAAGAAGGCCGCUCUGUCGCCUGUCGACUUGAACCGUCCAGGGGCUAGACCCAAGCAGGCGUCCGGGCGGAAGAAGGAAGGGAUCCUCUGGGCAAUGAGCAAGCCUAUCAUGAUGGGAGGAGGCACGGCAGAUGUGCCAAGGGGAAUCAACAGAUCAUCGCACUGGCGAGAGUGCUGGGUCGUCCUGUCAGGUUCUGGCCAUCUGGGCGAAUACGCAGAGUGGCGGGACCCAAAGGUCCUCGAACCAAGUCAACCCCUGAUCGAUUUACGGUUUGCGACUGUGAGAGAGGCCCGUGGCGUGGAGAGACGCUUCGCCUUCGAGGUCAUCACGCGUGAGUCGAGGCGCUUCUUCCAGGCGCCAGACGAAGCGACAAUGAAGGAAUGGAUCGCCGCCAUUUCAAUGGCCAUCGAGAGCCUCAUCAAUGGCACCAGCUCGGUGCGGCAGAUCGAAAAGGUGGCGAGAGGAAGUCCGAAUCCGGACGGCGAGUUUGGUGCCUUCAGAGGAGCUUCCAAUGGCAAACCUGUGAAUGGCGAUUCGGUCGAUGCGCUGGGCCAACAUCGAGCCUUUAGCCAAAGCCUGACGGAUCUUUCGAGUGCCUCAAGCGGUGGACCGGUACGCUUGUUUGCCAAGGGCGUCGAAGGCGUGCGAGCCUCAAAGAGGGACAGUCGGACCAACACCAAUCUCACUUCAGCCCACCUGGCUACGUUGAGCGAGGGAAGGGGAUCGGCACCCUCGCCCACCAAGCCUUGGCUCCACGGUUCGUCCAAUCACGAGCGGGGCAUCUCUAACAAGACUCCAGUCUCGGGCUACGUCAACGCCGACAGCCAACCCGACCUCUUCGCCUGCUCUUCUGCGGCCAUGUCCCCCAACGUCUCUUCAUCCAACAACUCGUACCGACACCUUCGUAACCUGGGCUCGGACGCGACCGAGGAGCAAUCGCCGUCAAGCGAAGUAGGCUUUGAUUACGAUCGCAAGAUCGAGGCCAUGAUUCAAAGCUCUUACGGAGGGUCCUCCGGUGGUGCGACGCAAGGCUUGGGAUUGACGUCGGCUUCAUAUUUGUCGGCUCACAAGCGCUCUUCCACCAUGACGAGCUCCGAGUCUUCAUCAAGCGGCUUCCAGUUCCGAACCCGGGAGAGCCGAGCGGCGGAGAUUGCCCGACUAGCCCACCUGUCGAGCAAUGCGUCGUGCGCCGACUGUGGCCAGCCGGACCCGCGUUGGUCGAGCUGGAUGCUCCACAACCAGCCCUGCUGCAUCUUCAUCUGCAUCACGUGCUCGGGUAUCCACCGCGGCCUGGGCGUGCAGAUCAGCAAAGUCAAGUCAGUCGAUCUCGACGACUGGACAGAAGAGCAGAUCCAGUCCGCGAGACUCUGGGGAAACGAAAGGGCAAAUCGUGUCUAUGAGGCGCUCAAGCCGAAGGGCAUCGGCACUGGACCGACGAGAGACAAGAAUUACUGGACUGAGAAAUAUGUCAAACGCAGUUGGUAUCAAGAGGAAGACGAGACAGACGGCGGAGAAGUCCUAGACGGGGACGACGACGAUGACGAUGACGAUGACGAUGAUGGCUACGAGGAACAUGAGAUUACCUUGACGCCAACGGAGACAGGCCAACGCAAGGACUUUUCUCGGCCAACGUCUUCGACAACGCCGAUUGGUAUCCCUAGUCAGUCAGACGAAAGGUCGCCGCGAGUCCAGGUCGGUUCGUUACAGCCACCGCAUGCAAGUCCCCCUUCUUGGCCAUCGCCCCUCAGCGCCAGUUCAGACCAGGUGUCGCCUCGUCUUGCCGUCUCGCCUAGCCCAAGCUUCCAGGAGCGAAUGGGCGUCCGCUUACCGUAUCGUCAAGCACCAAAUUCUCCGCCGCAGCCUCUUGCUGGCACUUCGUCGUCACGUAGCCCCUCGAUGCCUACUUCUGCUUCUGCUCCUUUUGUUACGAUGCUCGAUGCGCCGCGACACGGUUGGGCAAGCGGCGCAAGCUCAAAUUCGUCCUCCAACGGGCUGCGAUCCCCACCUCACUCUCCCAUCACCAACGCAACCUCUCCUCCCGUCUCUUCCUCGGCCCGUCAGCCGAGUCCGAGGUCGACCAGGCCUUCGACUCUGGAGUCAUCGCCCCCUCCGCGCAGCAAGCGACUGUCUCUGCCCAGUCCAUCCUUUUCCUCCACCUUCCGAAAGGCGAGCGAUUCAGCCUCGUCCACCUCUGCGAGACCCAACAAGCCACGGAUGAGCAGCUCUUCGCGCUCGUCGUCGACCUCUUCCUCGACGUCAGUCAGCUUCGGCCUUGUCUUCCCGUCAAAGGACGAGCAGGCCCGACAGGCUGCCUCUUUCGGGAUUGUCUCCGUCGACAUUCCGACGCUCUCGCCAGUGGAACAAUAAAGAGCGAAGAAUCAUCUCUGUUUGUAUGAUACCAAUAUCCUCUCUUUUCUCUUAUGGUCGCUUCAUGCGACCUUCCGUAGUGCUUGUUUGUAUGCAGAUCCACACCAAUACCGUUCCUCAAUUUCUUACCCUGGCCUGCUUUCUUACUAUCAAUUGACCAAUGUUACAC